GGAUAACUUAAAAAAAUUAAAAUGGCGCCGUCAGCAUUUGAUUUGAGCUUGUAUAGUUAAUUAAUAUAAGUUUAUAUUUUAAGUGGAAAUUCAGUUUGUAAUCAAGCUAAUUAAUCGACAACGCUAACAAGUCUUUAUUUGUCAUUUUUAUUUUACUUUGCGUGCCGUCAUAAUAGUAGUCAUUUAUCAAACGUAACAAUGGCUGUGUCCAAAUCAACAAACACGUACAAUCGUCAAAAUUGGGAGGAUUCAGACUUCCCGAUUUUAUGUCAGACGUGUCUUGGGGAUAACCCCUACAUUCGUAUGACCAAAGAGAAGUACGGCAAGGAAUGUAAAAUCUGUAUUCGUCCGUUCACCGUCUUCCGUUGGUGCCCCGGAGCGAGAAUGCGAUUUAAGAAGACUGAGAUUUGUCAAACAUGCUCCAAGCUUAAAAAUGUAUGCCAAACGUGUCUGCUAGACCUUGAGUAUGGAUUACCAAUACAAGUGAGAGACGCAGCUCUAAAAAUUCAAGAUGACCUACCUCGGAAUGAAGUGAACAAGGAAUACUAUAUACAAAAUCUAGAUAGUCAAAUGUCUAAGUUUGAUGCUACCCAACCAAGCAACUCUGCUUUGAAAUCAAAGGGAGCAUCUGACCUUCUUUUGCGUUUGGCGCGAACUGCUCCUUAUUAUAAGAGGAACAGACCACAUGUUUGCUCUUUUUGGGUGAAAGGGGAGUGCAGGAGAGGAGAAGAGUGUCCAUACAGGCAUGAGAAACCAACGGACCCAGAUGAUCCAUUAGCAGACCAAAAUAUAAAGGAUAGAUACUAUGGUGUAAAUGAUCCGGUAGCUGAGAAGCUGAUGCGUCGCGCGGCCGCCAUGCCAGCCCUGCCGCCGCCCGAGGACCGCACAGUGACUACCCUGUAUAUCGGCAACCUGCCUGAGAAUAUCACAGAGGAGGAGCUGAGGGGACAUUUCUAUCAGUAUGGAGAGAUAAGGUCAUUGACCCUAGUGCCGCGUGCACAAUGUGCCUUCGUGCAGUACACCACGCGCAGCGCGGCCGAGCACGCUGCAGAGAAGACCUUCAACCGCCUGGUCAUUGGCGGCAAGAGACUCACCAUCAAGUGGGGGAAAUCUCAGGGUCGCCAAGGCCCUAACGAUAAGAAUGAGGCUAUGCCAGCAUUGGAGCCUGUCCCUGGUCUGCCGGGAACUCUACCGCCGCCGCCGCCAGCGUUCUUACAUCCAUUCCCGCCACAGAUGCCGCCACCACCAAACAGACCCAACGAUUUCUUCAACCUGCAUCACUACGCGGGGCCCGCGUGGGGCGCGCCCUGGGGAGGCAUGGCGCCGCCCGUGCCGCCCCCGCCCGCGCUGCACUACCCCAGCCAAGACCCCGCCAGGCUGGGCGCACAUGCGCAUGCGUCCGCACCACAGACAUAACACAGGCUCUUUUAGCUUCCUGCUGAUGUGCAUAUCAUGCAUAUUAUUUAGUAUAAGAGACGGGUCUGCCCGUGAAAUUCAAAUUUAAUUUGGUUUUUCGUAAUUUGUAAACUAAUACGACAACGUAGGCUUAUGGCAUUCUAAUUCCGACAAUGGCAGUAUCAUCUUCA